AUGGCUGAAUUAUUAGCAGAGGUACUUUAUGUAAAUACAUCUUUAGAAGAAUUAUGUGGAGAAGCACUUGCGGGGGCACUUUGCGUAAACACUACUUUAAUUAAACUAGACCUUGGACAAAACCAACUUGGUUCUGAGGGUGCUGUAGCAUUAGCAAAAGCACUUUGUGAAAAUAACACCUUAAAUACUUUAAUUCUUACCGAAAAUCGGAUUCA